CUUCACUCUCUUCAUAGUUGUUGUGAAAUAGGGUAAGCUUUAGGGUAGGCUUAAAAUCAUCGAUCAUGGUCAGAAAAUCGGACGCCUUGAACGGCGGCUCGAAGUCUUCGUUGCCGCCGGUAAAUCAACCUAGCUCCCAGUCGGAUCUAUCAUCUCUGUCCAAACAUUUUUCAUUCAGAACCCUAAAGCUGAAAACCAAGCAACAAGAGCUCUUGAUCCGAGUCACCAUCUUAGGUCUCGUCUACAUUUUAGCUUUCAUCACUCGUCUCUUCAGUGUUCUCCGUUACGAGAGCAUGAUCCAUGAGUUUGAUCCUUAUUUCAACUACCGUACCACUUUGUACUUGACUGAAAAGGGUUUCUAUGAGUUUUGGAACUGGUUCGACUCAGAGAGUUGGUAUCCACUCGGCCGCAUCAUUGGGGGAACACUUUACCCUGGGCUUAUGGUCACGGCUGCUGUCAUUUACUGGGCUCUGAAAUUUCUUCGUUUUGCUGUUCACAUUCGUGAGGUCUGUGUGCUAACUGCCCCGUUUUUUGCUUCUAAUACUACCAUCGUCGCAUAUUUCUUUGGAAAAGAGUUAUGGGAUUCUGGUGCUGGUCUUGUUGCCGCUGCAUUAAUCGCUAUUUGCCCUGGGUACAUUUCUAGGUCGGUUGCUGGGUCCUAUGACAAUGAGGGUGUUGCUAUCUUUGCCUUGUUGCUCACUUUCUAUUUGUUUGUUAAGGCUGUUAAUACUGGAUCGCUUGCUUGGUCCCUUGCUUCGGCGUUUGGAUACUUUUAUAUGGUCUCGGCUUGGGGUGGCUAUGUAUUUAUCAUUAAUUUACUUCCCCUUUAUGUAUUGGUUCUGUUGAUUACUGGAAGGUACUCCAUGAGGCUGUAUGUUGCCUAUAAUUGUAUGUAUAUAGUGGGAAUGUUGCUUGCAAUGCAGAUCCGGUUUGUUGGGUUUCAGCAUGUUCAGUCAGGGGAGCAUAUGGCCGCAAUGGGGGUGUUCUUUCUGAUUCAGGUAUUUUACUUCUUAGAUUGGGUUAAGCACAUGCUUAAUGAUUCAAAGCUGUUUCAAGCCUUUUUGAGGAUUGGCGUGACAUGUGCGCUAGGUGUGGGUGUGGUUGCUCUAGGAGUUGGCACAGCCUCUGGCUACAUAUCUCCAUGGACUGGCCGUUUUUACUCUCUCCUGGACCCCACUUAUGCUAAAGAUCAUAUACCGAUAAUAGCUUCUGUCUCUGAGCAUCAGCCUACUGCAUGGUCAUCUUUCAUGUUUGAUUUCCAUAUCCUGCUUUUCUUAUUCCCAGCGGGUCUGUAUUUUUGCUUCCAACAACUGUCAGAUGCCACAAUUUUUAUUGUAAUGUAUGGUCUCACGAGCAUGUAUUUUGCUGGAGUGAUGGUUCGCUUGAUUCUUGUUGCAACACCUGCAGUAUGCCUUAUAAGUGCUAUUGCAGUCUCCGCUACACUAAAGAAUUUGACCCAAUUGGUGAGGGUAGAGAGCAAACCUGCUCAUACUGUGCUUGCCAAGGGAAUGAAUAGCACUAAGAGCUUGUCAAAGCAACAAGCUUCUCUUGAUGAAUCUGCGUCUUUCCUGAAAAAAGGUGCUAUGGUGUUGCUUCUUGGUGCUUAUUAUUUACUAAGCAGAUAUGCUAUCCAUUGUACAUGGGUCACCUCAGAGGCAUACUCAUCUCCCUCGAUUGUCUUGGCUGCAAGGGGUGCCCAUGGUCAAAGGGUAAUUUUUGAUGAUUAUCGUGAAGCGUACUUUUGGCUUCAGCAGAAUACUCCUUCAGAUGCUAAGGUAAUGUCUUGGUGGGAUUAUGGUUAUCAAAUCACUGCCAUGGGAAACAGAACUGUGAUUGUAGACAAUAACACCUGGAAUAAUACACAUAUUGCUACCGUUGGACGGGCAAUGUCCUCAUAUGAGGAUGAAGCUUAUGAGAUAAUGAGGUCACUGGAUGUGGACUAUGUUUUGGUUGUAUUUGGAGGUGUUACUGGUUACUCUUCUGAUGAUAUUAACAAGUUUCUAUGGAUGGUUAGAAUUGGAGGUGGAGUUUUCCCUGUGAUCAAGGAACCUGAUUAUCUUGUUAAUGGUGAAUACCGUGUCGAUAAAGGAGCAGCUCCCAAGAUGUUGAAUUGUUUAAUGUACAAGCUCUCCUAUUAUCGGUUUGGGGAGCUGACAACGGAAUAUGGGAAACCUCCAGGGUACGAUAGAGCAAGGGGUGUGGAAAUAGGGAACAAAGAUGUGAAGCUUGAAUACCUGGAAGAAGCAUUCACGACGUCAAACUGGAUCGUUAGGAUUUACAAAGUUAAACCACCCAGCAAUAGAUGGUAACUCAAGUCAACCGUAGGAAGGAUCCAACUGUAUCUUGCUGCCGUUUUAGGUUUCGUUUCUACCACCGUUUUCUUUUUUUCAUCAUUUUCAAUUGCAGAGAUUAGACUAGAAAGAAUAUUUAACUUGAUGUUUUUCCUCUUUUUCUCAUUCAAAUUUUGACCUAAAGAUCUGAAGAAUAUCUCGUCUUUGUGAGUGGUUUUUAUUGCUUUCUUAAUGUAGUUAACAAAAUAUGGAAUGAUUUAUAUUUUGAUUAUUUGCAGGGAAAUUUAUAGUAGCUGUUUAACUUAUCAUCAAAUUC